AUGGACUUUAACGAUGAUGAUAAUAACCCAUUUGCUGAUUCGUCAAUAAGAAAAGCAACAGCGAACUCUUACUCAAAUCAACCGACGAAUGGCGAAUACAACCCUUUUGCAAAUACAACUGUAGCGGCUCGACCUGCUUCAUCAUAUCAACAACCAAGUGUUGCUGCUGUGUUGCCACCAACACCAGCACCAGCAUAUCAGCCACCACCACCCGUUUAUCAACCAUCAACACCAGCAUCAGCAGCGGCAUAUCAGCCGCCACCACCCGUUUAUCAACCACCAACACCAGCUCCUGCGCCUACAACAACACCGUACACAGCUCAACAACCGGCUGAUAGAUAUGGAAGUGAGACGAAACAAACAUCGACCCGCGUUGACCUCAGUCAAUACGAACGACAACAAGCUGAACUCGAGGAGCGUGAAAAACGUCUUGCUGAACGCGAACGAGCAUUAUCUAACACAGGCAAAAUUGGACAACGAGAAAAUAAUUUUCCACCAUUACCAGCAAUAUGCCCAUGUCGACCAUGCUUCUAUCAAGAUAUAAACAUUGAAAUUCCAGGUCAAUUUCAACUUUGGGUUCGAUAUAUUUAUUAUCUAUGGCUUGCUUAUUCAUUGACUUUAUUUUUGAAUAUGAUCGCGGGACUGUCUUAUUUUGUCGUCGACAAAAAUGGUGCAUCGACAUUUGGAUUAUCAUUGGUCUAUUUAGUCUUAUUUGUGCCAUUAUCAUACAUCUGUUGGUUUCGGCCAAUUUAUCGCGCAUUUAGUGGAUUGAUUCUGAUGAUUCAGUUAUUCGCUGCUGGUGGAAGCAAAAUUCUUGUUGGUCUUCUAGUCAUGAUUGUAACAUUUUGCUUCGCUCUGAUCGCUCUCGCUGGUAGUCUGUUACUAAUCAGGGUUCAUCGAUUAUAUCGACAAACAGGAGCAAGUCUCGAACAAGCUCAACGUGAAGUUCAAACGGCUUUCGUGAAUAAUCCGACUGUUCGCGGAGCAGCUCGCGAGGUCGCAACAGCUGGCAUCAACGAAGCAUUGAAUAGUGGCCGAAAAUAA